UUCAAAUUCUCCGUCGCCUCCUACAACGUUCUUUCACAAAACCUCCUAGAGACGAACAAGUACCUCUACAAGAAGUGUCACCCAAAACAUCUUUCGUGGCAGUUUAGGAAGAACUUGUUAAAGGAGGAACUGUCAUAUUAUCAGCCCGAUAUAAUUUGCAUGCAAGAGGUCCAUAAGAAUGAAUUCAGUCGUUUCUUCUUACCAGAACUUCAAAAAUUAGGAUAUUUUGGCCUGUACAAAAAGCGCACCAGUGACAAGGAAGAUGGUUGUGCGACCUUCUUCAAGCAUGACAAGUUCCUCUGCAUGUCCUCCAAACCCAUGGAGUUUCACUGCAAAGGAGUCGAGGUCCUCAAUAGAGAUAAUGUCGGACUCCUCAUGCUUUUGAAGCCGGUUGAAAAACUGAAAGACUUUCGACUGUGUGUGGCCAACACUCACCUGCUCUUCAACCCAAAACGAGGUGACGUCAAACUAGCGCAGUUGAUGACGUUGAUGGCGGGCAUUGAUGACCUGACGGAUGGUGAGGAGCAGGCCGUGGUCCUGUGCGGCGACUUCAACUCGCAGCCAAGAAGUGGACUCUACGACUUCCUCCUCUCUGGCAGAUUGGACUGCAAGGACGUCGCAAUC